AUGGCACAGUCAAGUUAUAAUAUUAAGGAUGUGUAUAAAGAAUUUAAUAAGAUCGAUGGCUAUUUUAGUGAGAUUCUGAAGUUUGAAUCAGUAACAAUUCUAACAGCUAAUGGACCAAUCAAAAAAUAUUGUCAUUACGGGAGUAACUCAAGAAAAGUUGAUUGUCGCGAUUAUUUUGAAAUGGCUAGUUCUGGUGUUAUUCAUUUGCUAAAAAAUUUAAUGGGUAAGAAUGUUUUAGAUUAUGAUAAACUUGCCGAAUACGCUAUUUUAUGGUUAAGUUAUAAACUAAAUCAAAAGCCAAAAAAUAAAUUUACCAAAUUAAACGAAUUUUAUACUCAUUAUAUAUUAAAAAAUAACUGUUAUAAUGAGAAAAUAAAAAAUAGUGGUAGUACGACUUAUAAGGAUAUUAUAGAUAAAAAAAAAGAUUUGAUGAAUAUAAAUAUUAAAGAAAUAUUAAAAUUUUAUGACGAAUUAAAAACCUUAUGUAACAUGUAUGAUGAUUGUAAUGAAAACAAUAUGAAUUGCGAAAAUUGUUCGCAAAAAGCUAAUGAAUUUGUUCAAAAUUUUAAAAAACUCAAUAACGAUUCUAAUAAUAUAGAAGGCAGUUCAUAUAAUAAAAUGUUAUCUAUAUUAUCAGAUGAUUAUAACAAUUUAAUAAAUAAAUGUACCAAUCUUUCAUCUAUUCCAAAAAUAAAACCUAAAAAAAAUUUUGGACAAGAUGAUGCAGAAAUUUUUGUAGCUACACCAAGUUCGUUGAUAUUAAACACAGUAAUUCCAGGUUUAUCGACAUUUUCUGUAAUACCGGCUUUCUUGGGAAUUGCUUAUAAGUAUUCAUUAUUUGGAGUUGAUAAAGUAUUUCAAAGACAAUAUAUAAGAAAAAAAUUAAAAAAAUUAAAGAAGAAAAUGAAACUUAAUAUAUGA